AAAUGACUUUGUGAUCUCGCGUGAGGAAACUGUAGAAUAUAACUUAUAAUUUGUACGUAUACACGCACGCACCUUCACUAACAAUCCCAAAACCAGAGAUCGAAAAACAUCCCAUUUUCAGCAGAGGUUUGUAACCAUGGCUCAAACCCUAAAAACCCUUAGGGUUCCUCCAAAUUCUGCAUCCCUAGAAGAGGCAAGAAAGAGAACCUUUGAAUUCUUCAAACUUGCUUGUAGGUCAAUCCCUAAAAUCAUGGAAAUCUACAAUCUGUAUGAUGUGGUUACAGUCUCCCAGCUUCGCUCUGCUGUGUCCUCUGAAAUCAAGAGGAAUUCCAAUAUUGAAAAUCCAAAGGUGAUCGACAUGCUUCUUUUCAAAGGGAUGGAGGAGCUCGGCAACAUUGUCCAACACUCGAAGCAACGACACCACCUUAUUGGCCAAUAUGUGGUUGGGCGUGAAGGGCUCGUGAAGGACUUGGGCACCAAGGACCACGGGAUCUCCGAUUUUCUCAAGCAGUUUUACACCAGCAACUAUGCAUGAAUCCAAAUAGACUAUGCAUGAGGGAUGCAAACAGACUCAUUUCUUCAUAAAUCCCGAGGGAUGUGGAAAUAGAAUAGAGAAAGAAAGAAGAAAAUCCCAGGAAUUUUCUUGAUAAUAUGAAGAUUGGGAGUUGGUUGUAAUGAGUUGUGUGAGAUUAUUUAUGUCGAUUUCUUGCUAUUAAGGCCUCCAACUGCAAAAAUGACCACUGCUUAAUUGGAGCAAUGAUUAAUUUCUGCUUAAUAACAAGAGGUGAGAACUUUGCCUUCC